GGAAAAGAAACUCGCUGAAAUUAAUUUUAAUUCGGUUGUUGUCUCUAUCUCUCUCGUAUUUCACUACCACCCUCUUUCCUUUUUAUUCCGACCCGACUCGUCUGGACUCACUCUCUCUCUUUCUCUGUCUCCUUCUCACCCAAGCAAACACAAACCCUGCAAAAACGGACACUGAUUCAAAUCGCUCAACUCGCCGCAAACUCGAAGGUGAUGUAAAGAUGAGUUCUUUCUCUAUCACGCGGAAAAAGACGCCUUUCCAAAAGCAUAGAGAGGAGGAAGAAGCAAAGAAAAAGAGAGCCGAGGAUGAAACUGCGCGUUUGUACCAAGAGUUUGUGGAGUCAUUUCAAGGCGAUACGACACCUGGUUCGAAGUCUUUUGUUCGAGGAGGAACUAUCAAUCCCAAUGAUAAAGUGAAGAUUGAUUCCGAAGGUGAAAAGUCCAAAGAUGGUGUAUCUGUUCCAAAGAAGGGAAGUAGGUAUGUUCCAUCUUUCUUACCACCUCCUAUGGCAGCUAAGGGGAAAGAAUCUGAAAAGAAAAAGGAGGAGGAGAAGCCAAAGGAAAAAGAAAAAGGGAAGUCUCGUAACAUAGAUCAUUUUAUGGAGGAGCUGAAGCAUGAGCAAGAGAUGAGGGAGAGGCGAAAUCAAGACCGUGAACAUUGGCGUGAUGGGCGCCAGAAUGAACAUUCUGCUCCAUCUAGUCGCUUUGAUGAACUGCCUGAUGACUUUGAUCCAAGUGGAAAGCUUCCUGGAUCAUUUGAUGAUGGCGAUCCACAAACUACUAAUCUCUAUGUUGGAAAUCUCUCACCUCAGGUGGACGAAAAUUUCCUUCUACGGACUUUUGGAAGAUUUGGGCCUAUUGCUAGCGUGAAGAUAAUGUGGCCUAGGACUGAAGAGGAGCGAAGGCGGCAAAGAAAUUGUGGCUUUGUGGCUUUCAUGAAUAGAGCUGAUGGACAGGCUGCAAAGGAUGAAAUGCAAGGAGUAGUUGUUUAUGAAUAUGAGUUGAAGAUUGGAUGGGGCAAGUCUGUUGCUUUACCAUCGCAAGCAUUACCUGCUCCUCCACCAGGGCAUAUGGCGAUCAGGAGUAAGGAGGGUGCCACUGUAAUUUUGUCUGGUCCAUCCGGCCCACCCGUCACUUCUGUUCCAAGUCAGAAUUCUGAACUGGUUCUUACCCCAAAUGUCCCUGAUAUAAUGGUUGUUCCACCCGAGGACGAUCAUCUCCACCAUGUGAUUGACACAAUGGCUCUCUACGUUCUGGAUGGAGGAUGCGCCUUCGAACAAGCUAUUAUGGAGAGAGGUCGUGGGAAUCCUCUCUUCAACUUCUUGUUUGAGCUUGGUUCAAAGGAGCAUACUUACUAUGUCUGGAGGCUCUAUUCCUUUGCUCAGGGUGAUACCCUUCAAAGAUGGCGGACAGAACCUUUUAUCAUGAUAACUGGUAGUGGAAGAUGGAUGCCACCACCUCUGCCAACAGCAAAAAGCCCAGAUCAUGAAAAGGAGUCUGGCUCCACAUAUGCUGCAGGAAGAAGCAGGCGCAUGGAAUCAGAAAGAACACUGACUGAUUCUCAGAGGGAUGAGUUUGAGGAUAUGCUCCGUGCUCUUACAUUAGAGAGGAGUCAGAUAAAGGAAGCGAUGGGGUUUUCCCUGGAUAAUGCUGAUGCAGCUGGAGAGAUUGUCGAAGUUCUGACAGAAUCUUUGACGCUUAAGGAAACUCCUAUUCCAACUAAAGUUGCGAGGCUUAUGCUUGUUUCUGAUGUUCUUCAUAAUAGUAGUGCUCCUGUAAAGAAUGCAUCUGCAUACCGCACCAAAUUUGAAGCAUCAUUACCUGACAUUAUGGAGAGCUUUAAUGAUUUGUAUCGUAGCGUCACAGGAAGGAUUACUGCUGAGGCCCUUAAGGAACGUGUACUCAAAGUGUUGCAAGUGUGGUCAGAUUGGUUUUUAUUUUCGGAUGCAUAUGUGAAUGGUCUGCGAGCUACUUUUCUUCGGUCUGGGAGCUCUGGUGUUGUCCCCUUUCAUUCCAUAUGUGGUGAUGCUCUGGAAAUAGAAAAAAAGACUAGUUCUGAAGAUACAGGUGAAGGGGGUAAGGGGAACCAAGAUGCUGCAUUGGCAAUGGGCAAAGGAGCAGCUACGAAAGAACUAAUGAGUCUUCCCAUUGCUGAGCUGGAGAGACGAUGCAGACAUAACGGACUGUCUCUUGUUGGUGGUAGAGAAAUGAUGGUUUCACGAUUGCUAAGUCUGGAAGAGGCAGAAAGACAAAGAGGCUAUGAGCUAGAUGAUGACUUGAAAUAUGCACAAAGCCAUUCAAGUUCUGGCAAAUAUUCCAACAGUCAGAGCGAAAUGAAUGUGGAAGCAGAGCUAGCAGGUCUAUCUGGAUGGAACCGUUACGGGGAGGAUGAGGUGCAGGCACAAGGCAAAGGUUUUAUUCCUUUGGCUCCAACCCUUCCCAUUCCACAGCCUGAUCUAAAAGCUUUCAUGAAGAAAGAGAAAAAUGAGCCUGUUUUGCCAGCAUCUAAAUGGGCUCGAGAGGAUGAUGACAGUGAUGAUGAACAAAAGAGUAGUGGUAGGGGUCUGGGGUUGGGCUACUCAUCUUCUGGAAGUGAGAAUGCUGGUGAUGAUCCUAGUAAAGCUGAUGAGAUGGAGUUUGCUACUGGUACAAGUAUCCCAGCGCAAACUGACACUGGAAUGAAUGAAGAGCAGAGGCAAAAGUUGAGACGUCUAGAGGUGGCUUUGAUAGAAUAUCGUGAAUCCCUUGAAGAGCGGGGAAUAAAAAGUUCAGAGGAAAUCGAAAAGAAAGUUGCAACGCGUCGGAAACAGCUACAAUCAGAAUAUGGGUUAUUACAUUCUAAUGAAGAUUCUUCAGCAAACAAGAGAACAUCUUCAGAGAGGAGGGACAGACGGGAUGAUACCCGUGACCCUUCAAGAAAGCGGCACCGCAGCGAGAGCCAAAGUGAGAGCCCACCACGGAAAUCAUCAAACCGAGACAAAGAAAGGGAACAUGCAUUAGACAGGGACAGAGAAAGGCACAGGGAUAGAGAUAGGACUCAUGAUAUUGAAAGUGAGAAAGGGAGAGAUCGUGAGAAGAGUGGAAGUAGAGAGAGGGAUGACCACGACAGGGACAGAGGCAGAGAAAGAGACAGGGAUAGGAGGAGACGACCAAAAUAAGCUAUUCUUGGGGUUGGUUUUUUGUGAAUUGAGGUGGAAUGUUUUGAGAUGAAGAGAUGCCCAUUUAGUCAGGCCAGGAUGCCUUCCAUGAAAAGAUUGUAUUUAAAUUGUUAUGAAAGGAAAAUUUCCUCCCAUGUAGGGAUGAUCCCCCCAAGAGGGAAAUAUGUUUAAUGUUAAAAACCACACUGUAGAAAGAGGGAUGCUGAUUUCAAAAAUUGAACAUCUCAGUCUCAGGUGUUAAAAGUGGUCAAUGAGUAAGUGCUUGAUUGCUUUAACUUGACAUGUUUACCUGCUGGGCAGACAAUGCACUGUUGUUGUGGAAAUAUGCGCCAGCAGGAUGAAGGCACCUAUCUUUCCUAUGUGAUCGCUGCGUUUAUAUGUUGAGAAGUGUACUGCCUUGGUUAUAGAUCUCUGUUCUGAGAAGUGCACUGCCCUUGGUCAUAGAUCUCUGUGUUCCUCACUUCGGUGUUGUAUUUAUUGUGAGUUCUGUGUUCCAAACAUUUCCUGAAUGUAGAUGACAGUUUUUAACUCCAUUUCUGGUCCCAAGAGGAAGGUCAAGUUGAUAGUUUGAUCCUUUUUUAAUUAGAGAAAAUGUUUUAGCUUAGAAAAGAGAGGAAACUGUUCUGAAUCUUUUGAUAAUUUUUACUUCAAUUGCCACC